CAUUGAUAAACCAGUAGUAUUGAAAAAUUAAAUGUUCCUGCUUUUACACUGAUCUAUACUGCUUGACGUAAACGAGAAUCAUAAACGGAUUUCAGUUAAUAUGUUUUACAAGUUUCUAUAUACGUGGAGGCAUUUUAUUUCAAUAUUAUUAUAUUAUGUCAUAAAAAUAUAAAAGAGAAAAAAUCGAAAAUAAGACAUAACAUUGUUUAUCUAAUGUAAUGGACAAAUUAGAGAAAACUAUGAAUUACGAAUUUUUUUAUUAUGAUAGUGUUAUAAGGUUAUAGCAAAAGAAUGAGAUUUAAAUAAAUUUUUUUUUUCAUAAUGAGGAAUAAAUAUUUUGGACAUGGAUAUAAUUAAUAUAGAAGAUGUGGAAACUGGUGUUCGUUCAUCUAAAAAUUCUACUUCGAUACAAUGCAAUUGUAUUCAUUCAAAUUCAAUAUGCUAUAUUGCUAUAACAAUUGCUACUCUAGCUCUUUUGGGUGCAAUUGUUUUUAUCUGCAGAGAUUAUAUUAAAGUGUUACUUUAUUGGAUUGAACAUCAGAAUAUAUGGAUCGUUACUGUAAUAUUCAUUGCAUUGUUCACAGUGGUCUCAUUCCCUAUUGUAAUUGGUUAUUUAUUUCUUAUUAUUGCCAGUGGUUAUCUGUUUGGCAUAUUAAGAGGUAUUGUCAUGGUAGUAUUAUCUGCCAACUUGGGAAUAGCUAUAGCACAUGUAACUCUUAGUUUGUUAUCAUCCAAAUUACCUAUUGGAACUCUUAUGCAAAAUGAUACUGCAAGAGCAAUUCUAAGAGUUAUAUCUGGAUCACAAGCUUUCAAAGUUGUGUUACUUGCAAGAUUAACUCCUAUUCCUUUUGGUCUGCAAAAUACAAUUUUUGCGAUAAGUAAUAUGGGUGGCAUUCAAUAUCAUAUAGCUAGUGCAUUAGGAUUAUUGCCUGCUCAGAUUAUCAAUAUUUAUUUGGGCAGUAGUUUAAGAUCUAUGCAAGAUGUUCUUGAAGACAAAUCAACAGCAGCAACUAGUUAUAUUGUCUUCUGUUUUCAAAUUCUAAUAGGUAUUUCAUUGAUGGUAUAUGUUGUACAAAAAGCACGUAGAGAACUUCAACUAGCAUUAUUAGAGGCUGAUCUUGCCUCAAUGGCUGAUACUUCUCAUUAUCUUCUUGAUACAUUACCAGAUUCUAAAAUUGUUUUGACAAAUCUAAUUGCCUAAAAAUGGAAAUUUUUUUUUUGAAAAUGAGAAAACUUUUUCAUUGCAUGUUUCAUAUUUAACAAUUUUAUUUGCUUAAAAAAAAAAAAAUAGAAUAUUUAAUAAUUUGAAAAAAUUUAAUUUAUUACAGCAAAUAUAAUUAUACACUCAUUUAUAAGAGAUAGCUUAUCUUUUCCAUAUAAUAUUAUUAUUGAAAGUAAGUACUGCAUUUUGUGAUACAAAUAACAAUUAAUAAGUGUUUUAUUGAAAAUAAUUUAGUGAAAAUUUUUAAACAAUUCGAAAAAAAAUAGAGCAUCAUGUUCAUAUUAUAUGUUCAUAUUAUUUAGAUUUGUGCCAAAUCUUUUUUUUACAUAUUAAUUAUUUUACAUUUAAAAAUCUUCAUGUAUUGUUGUCUUUAUAAAAAAUUGAGUGCAUUUAUAUUUGUUGAUAUAUAUUAAUUUUUAUGAAUUAUUAGCAGCUUUGCAUUUAUUUUUGCUAAUAUAUUUCUAUAUUAUAAUAAGUCUUCCAAAAUAUUUGUUAAUUUGAACUUUACAUGGAAGAAUUGAUUAACUGGAGGGAAAAUUAAAAGUCAAUCAAAUAUGCAAAACAUGAAGAUUCUGAAAUAUUAAAAUAGAAAACAAUAACUUAUUUUAUUUAAAUAAAAAUAAAAUUUUUUUGUAUAUAAAUUUAA